AUGGGCGCUCAGCUGAGCGGUGGCCAGGGCGCCGCGGACCCGCCGCAGCCCCAGCCGCAGCCCCAACCCCAGCCUGCGGCGCCGGAGGGCCCUGCUCGGCCCCAGCCAGAGCCCAGCCCCUGGGGGCCGCUGGACGACGUUCGCUUCCUCAUCGCCUGCACCUCCUGGUACUGA